UCUUAUUUUAGACCGCCUACGGAUUCUACCCUAUAAAUCAGCCUAAGCCCUGCUUCCUUUUAAAACAGGAUUACGCCGGGUCGAGGGAGCCUGGCGUGGUCGCGCAGUGGCCGGGUCCCGCGGAUCCCCCUCCAGCUCCCGCUUGGUAGCGCCCGCUUUGUCAGCGCGCAGCGCUUGCCGGACGCCCUGCAGGUCUCGCCAGGUCUCACAGCAGACGGUGCCGACGCAGCGCUCUUGUGCCUCGCUCUCGGGCUCCGCUGCCCGGGAUUUCCCCAGGACCUGCGCCGCGCGAGAAGGAGCCUGGGAGCAUCCACCCAGACUGCCCGGACAGUCGGUUCGACUCGCUGCCCUCGGCCCCAGCCGGGCUCCGCUCCUCGGGCGCGCGAGGGGCCGCGGUGGUGGUGGCGGCGGCGCCCGGCAUGUUUCAUAGUCCGCGGCGGCUCUGCUCGGCCCUGCUGCAAAGGGACGCGCCCGGCCUGCGCCGCCUGCCUGCCCCAGGGCUGCGCCGCCCGUUGUCCCCGCCGGCGGCUGCUCCCAGGCUCGCAACCCCCCGGCUGCUGGCGGCGGCCUCGGCGGCCUCGGGCGCCGCGAGGUCGUGUUCCCGAACAGCGUGUUCCAUGGGAACCGGUACAAGCAGACUCUAUAGUGCUCUUGCCAAGACACUGAACAGCAGCGCUGCCUCCCAGCACCCAGAGUAUUUGGUGUCACCUGACCCAGAACAUCUGGAGCCCAUUGAUCCUAAAGAGCUUCUUGAGGAAUGCAGGGCCGUCCUGCAUACCCGACCUCCCCGGUUCCAGAGGGAUUUUGUGGAUCUGAGGACAGAUUGCCCUAGUACCCACCCACCUAUCAGGGUUAUGCAGUGGAACAUCCUCGCCCAAGCUCUUGGAGAAGGCAAAGACAACUUUGUACAAUGCCCUGUUGAAGCACUCAAAUGGGAAGAAAGGAAAUGUCUCAUCCUAGAAGAAAUCCUGGCCUACCAGCCUGAUAUAUUGUGCCUCCAAGAGGUGGACCACUAUUUUGACACCUUCCAGCCACUCCUCAGUAGACUAGGCUAUCAAGGCACGUUUUUCCCCAAACCCUGGUCACCUUGUCUAGAUGUAGAACACAACAAUGGACCAGAUGGUUGUGCCUUAUUUUUUCUUCAAAAUCGAUUCAAACUAGUCAACAGUGCCAAUAUUAGACUGACAGCCAUGACAUUGAAAACCAACCAGGUGGCCAUUGCACAGACCCUGGAGUGCAAGGAGUCAGGCCGACAGUUCUGCAUCGCUGUCACCCAUCUAAAAGCACGCACUGGCUGGGAGCGGUUUCGAUCAGCUCAAGGCUGUGACCUCCUUCAGAACCUGCAAAACAUCACCCAAGGAGCCAAGAUUCCCCUUAUUGUGUGUGGGGACUUCAAUGCAGAGCCAACAGAAGAGGUCUACAAACACUUUGCUUCCUCCAGCCUCAACCUGAACAGCGCCUACAAGCUGCUGAGUGCUGAUGGGCAGUCAGAACCCCCAUACACUACCUGGAAGAUCCGGACCUCAGGGGAGUGCAGGCACACCCUGGAUUACAUCUGGUAUUCUAAACAUGCUCUGAAUGUAAGGUCAGCUCUCGAUCUGCUCACUGAAGAACAGAUUGGACCCAACAGGUUACCUUCCUUCAAUUAUCCUUCAGACCACCUGUCUCUAGUGUGUGACUUCAGCUUUACUGAGGAACCUGAUGGACUUUCAUAAAUACUUGCUUUUGUCUUUUUAAUCACAAGAGUCUUUUUGUUUUGUUUUGUUUUUUUUGAG